AUGAGCUUUAUUUGUGGUCUGUGGAGCUGAAAAUGCUUGUGAUAUUCUAUGAUGAGAUAAUCACUACACAGUUGGGAAUACAGUUCUGACAGUGAUAGAGGUCUAUCCAUGAGGUUUAGAUGGUAAUUUAUGCCAUGGGAGUAAGCAACUCUUUUAGGGCUGUCUAUGUAGCAUUAUAAGAGAAUAGGAUUUAGGAAAAAAAGCCCAAGAAAACACCAAUAUAUAAAAUUCUGUUAUGGAAGACACCAAUCACAGUUAUUGAGAAUGAAGAGCUAAGAAACAGGAUGAUUGCACAGAAGGGAUCAGAAUGUUUCAGAAGGUAUGGAAGAGUCAAUAUUAUUAAAUGCUAAUUAACUAGAAAAAAAAAUUGAGCCAGAAAAUGAUUAGGUUAAGUGAUUUGUUAUAUUUGUGGUUAUAGAGUGUUGUGGAUAACAAGGAUGAAAUCAAUCAUUGCAGAACAGCUUACAGACCAUGUAUCUUAGAAAUAUUUUUAUUUUUAUUCAGUUUUUUAAUGGACACCAUUAUUUCCUCCUAAAGGACACAGACCAUGACAAGAAGAAAUCAAACUAUUGUCUCAGACUUCCUCCUUCUGGGCCUGCCAAUUGAGCCAGAGCAACAAAAUCCGUUUUAUGUCCUGUUCCUGGCCAUGUAUCUUAUCACCAUACUGGGGAAUCUCCUGAUAAUUUUCCUGAUUUGCCUGGACUCCCACCUGCACACACCCAUGUAUUUGUUUCUCAGCAAUUUGUCUUUCUGUGAUAUCUGCUUCUCUUCUGUGACCAUUCCGAAAUUGUUGCAAACCAUGCAGAGCCAAGACUCAUCCAUCCCUUUUGCUGGCUGCCUGACCCAAAUGUACUUCUUUCUGUUUUUUGCAGACCUGGAGAGUUUCCUCCUAGUGGCCAUGGCCUAUGACCGCUAUGUGGCCAUCUGCUUCCCCCUCCACUACACCAUUAUCAUGAGCUCCAAGCUCUGUCUCUCCCUGGUUGUGCUGUCCUGGGUGCUGACCAUGUUCCAUGCUAUGUUACACACUCUCCUCAUGGCCAGAUUGUGUUUCUGUGCCGACAACAUAAUCCCCCACUUUUUCUGUGACAUGUCUGCUCUGCUGAAGCUGGCCUGCUCUGACACUCGAGUCAAUGAGUUGGUGAUAUUUAUCAUGGGAGGGCUCAUUCUCGUCAUCCCAUUCCUACUCAUUGUCAUGUCUUAUGCACGGAUUGUGAUCUCCAUCCUCAAGGUCCCUUCUGCCAGGGGCAUCCGCAAGGCCUUCUCCACCUGUGGCUCCCACCUCUCCGUGCUGUCUCUCUUCUAUGGGACAGUUAUCGGUCUCUACUUGUGCCCUUCAGCUAAUAAUUCUGCUGUUAAGGAGACCGUCAUGGCCGUGAUGUACACUGUGGUCACCCCCAUGCUGAAUCCCUUCAUCUACAGCCUGAGGAACAGAGACAUGAUGGGAGCUCUGGGAAGACUCCUUUUCAAAAAGAAAAUUUCCUUCUCUGUAUAAUGGUAAAGCUGAGGAUUUUUACAUAAUUUUAUCAAGUAGAUACACUGAUGUUGACCCAGGCUUCUUUUUUUUCUCCCACCAUGAAUUUUUCUAUUAAAAAGACCUACUAAAUAAUUGUUCAGUACAUAAUACAAAUGAAGUGGGGUUAUGUGGUUGCACUC